ACCCCAGGGCAGGAGAGGAGCAGGGGCAGGCAGGAGGCAGGCAGUGUCCUUCAUUCAGCAGCUCCAGCAACAAGCCAGCCACCCUUCUGGAGGCACAAAAUUUCUGCUCUCUGCAUCAGCCUUGGGCUCAUGUCUCCAGACCGCUGGCAAUAAAAGUUGGAGCGCAGCGCUGACAGCAUAUCUACCACAACUAAUCUCUUUCCGCACGUGUUCAAGGUUCGCUUUCAGUAAUGUCAUUAGGUGGAGCUGCAGCCUCUGGCACUUCUUGGAAGCUCCGUCUCUGUCAUUCAUUAAACGCACUGAAGAGGGAUGGUAACCUCAAGAUAGAUUAAUUAUCAUCUUUGCCUCCAAGUAUAUCGUGCCCAAACUCUGUGAGAGGUUUUCUAGGUAAUUAAAAGAUGAGGUCCCUGCAAUGAGGAAGUUGCAAUUAAAACUCACGGUGCUGAUAUAGGAAAAGAAGAGGAGUUGCCUUGAAGAACAGAGCAGUAGAGUUCGCAUUGAGCUUCAUUUUGCUGUUCUCCUCCUCACCGUGUAUUGCAGGCCCUGCUCUGAGAAAAGCUACAACUAAGAAGGAAAGAAGCGCGAAGGACAGAAGAAAAAAAGAUGUUGGUGCUGUCUAACAACACAGCCCUGAGCUCCCUCCUCUCCAAGCUGCUUCAAGACCAACUGGAGCAGACCAAUAGCUCUGCCCCAUCUCAGGUUGACAGUGCCAGCGGCAGCCUUGAAAUCAUCUAUGUGCUGAUGAUGGUUGGCCUCUUCGGCUUCUUCACAGUGGGAGUCAUGGUGACCAACAUCCGCGCCAGGAGGCUGGAGGACUCCCGCGACCCCUACAACAUGUACAUCGCAACAGACAUUUGGCACAAGAAGGACCAGGAGUAUUUUCAAGCCAAGCUCAUAGAAAAUUACAAGCUCUGCUGUGUCUUUGAAAACCAGCUGGCCGUGGAGCAGCCGAGCGCGCAGAUUCCCGAGGUGAAGUCUUCCUAGCAAAACGGGAGAAAGGACUGAACUUUCCAUGAGGACAACCCAAGCAAUACCUGCUAUGAACCAGGCUAGCUGCCUUCCCAUCUGCAGAGCCACAGGUGCUGGCCUAGGUUAGGUUGAUCAAUUGUGAACUCACGGUGAAGCUGAUGGGUUUGCGAUGGACCUAGUGCUGCAAAAGUGUUUGACCACCUCCUUAGAGCCACUGUAAGGUCAACGAAGAAGGGACACAGCCGAUAGGAGUAUUGUGGGCUCAUCAGCUUCACCUAAUGAAAAAUGUAAAUGUUGGUGUUGCCAGCAGGAAUGCUUGCAGUAGUCAGUGUAAUUAAAACCAAUUUGGAUGAAACGCAAGCUAGAGACUUUAACAGCCAAGUAUGGCGUAGGCAAUUAUUUUCAAGUGCGACCAUUGUCUUCCAGGAAGAAGUAGCAGAAAUAUUUCCUUUGUAUUUUUGUCCAGAGUAGAAUAAUCAUUAUAUGCAUUGUACACUGUUGUGGAUGACCCGUGUCUCUGAGAAUCAUUCGCAUCUUUGAGAUAAAAUUU